CAUUGUUGGUCAGUCGCUAGCCGCAUCUCGACCCGGCAACAUAUACCGAUUUUUAUUUACCGUCUUUUAAAACAAGUGCAUUGUCAUUGUUCCGUCCGAGUCAAAAUCUCGACUUGUUGUUGAGACACUAAAUUUCGUCCAAAGUGAGACUACUGAAUUUUGUGCCAUGUCGACCCUUAGCCUGCUUCCCAGCACACCCACAACGCUGGCCCCCUUCGCGACCCUGUUCUCUACAACGCCCAGCUACAUCCCGUGUUCUCCACCCUCGACAAAUAUCCACGACCACGACCACCACCACCUCCUCCUCUCCGCCGUGGUGACCUCCAUCGCCAACCAUGUCGUGAAGGUGGAACAAGACGAGGAAGAGGAGACCAUGAUGACGACGAGUAGUGACGACGACUUGGGAAGUGACGGUGGUGGAUCCAGGCUGACUUUUUCGCCAUCGUCCUCCACCACUUCUUCGGCCGAUGAGGAGAAAGGAGGAGCAGCAGCCAAACAAAAAAAGAGGCAGAGACGCGUCCGCAAUUCAUCUCAGCUCAAUCCUGUCGUCGUUAAGAAGCGUCGUUUAGCCGCGAAUGCUCGGGAACGUCGCCGCAUGCAAAAUCUGAACGUGGCCUUUGACAAGUUGCGAACCCAUCUUCCGUCAAUCGGGAAGGAUCAACAGCUCUCAAAGUACGAAACGCUACAAAUGGCGCAGGAAUAUAUUAACGAGUUGUACAACCUGCUGCAUUAACGAAAUUAACCACUCCCACCUAAAAAUUGUACAUAAUUGUACCAAAUUAAUAAUUCCUGAAGAAAGUGAAUAUUUAAUUAAUUAAUUAAUUAAGUUCCUCGACCAAGAGUGAAGGUCUCAAACCGUGAUAUUACCAUUUUUUUACCUCUGAAAUUAAUUAACACGUGACACCAAUCCAAAUGUUCAACCUGGAGCGGUGUAUGUAAUUUUAUAAUAAUCAGCCACAAACGCUUCAUAGAUUUAAUUUAGGCUCUAAUUUACAUAGUUCAUCUUGGUCUCUAAUUAAUUAAUUACGAAAAUACCAAUAUGUAUGUACAAUUUAUAAAAAGAGAGUUUAAUAAUUUUGUGUUCAUGAUUCAGUUCAUACUACAUAUCUACGAAAUAAAGUUAAUCAGUAUAUUUUGAAAAAA